UUAUACCCAUAUAUCAAUUGUGUUUAUCUUUAACAGUGUUGUAUUCUUAUGCAAUAAAAUAUAAAUAAAACUGAUUUCGAGCAUUGUUGUAGCUUAAGGUGAGACAGAGCGUCGGGCGAUAUAUAGAUCUGUAUGAUUGUGUUAUAAUAAAUAAAUUUUAUACAUGAAGACGACCAUGUGACUAGGUCAGUAUUUAACAACUGGACCACACCAUGGUAUUGUGGUUGUGAUGAACGGAUGGACACCAUGAUGAAAUAUUUGGUAUUCGUUGUGUGCCUUCAACUUUCAGCGUGCGACUAUGCUGACUACGCCAAGUUUGUCCGGAGUCAGGAGAAGAACGAGACGUUCGUCCGUCUGUUCGAGCAACAUUUAAAGUUGUUCAAGGACGAUGGCAAGCCGCAGCUCAAGUCCGGGGAAGAAUUCCAUUGCAAGCCAUACCCGGCACCAGCGGCCAAGACCACUUCCGUUCACAGCCUGAGGCCUAUGGACAUCAAAGUUGUUGGAGCCCUCGGGGAUUCCAUUACGGCGGGGACGGGGAUCACGGCGUCCACGGUAAUCGGGUUGCUCAGGGAAGACCGCGGGCUCUCGUGGAGCGUUGGAGGAGAAAAGUCGGUCAAUGAGGAAGAAACAAUUCCCAACAUCUUGAAGGUGUAUAAUAAGGAAUUAAAGGGAUUUUCUACGGGCUGGGGGCCAGUGUGGACGGAGUCCAGCCACCUUAACGUCGCCAACCCCGGGGACACGUCAGAGGACAUGCCUGGUCAGGCUGAACUUAUCGUAAAACGGAUGAAGGAGGACAAAACCAUCGACUACGACAACGACUGGAAACUUAUUACCCUGUUCGUCGGCGGCAACGAUCUCUGUAAAUACUGCAACGACAAGAGCAAGUACAGCGCUGAAAACUACGUUGGCCACAUUCAGCAGGCGCUUGAUUAUCUGCACGCGAACGUUCCACGUGCUUUCGUCAACGUCGUCCAGAUACUCGACGUCGCUAUUAUCAAACGUCUCAACGCCAACAUUGUCUGCGACGCAUUACAUCUGUUCCUGUGCAAAUGUGCUGCGUUCCCUGCUAACAGCGAAGCGGAGGCGGAUCUAGUAGCUGAGACGCAGCGCUACCGGGACCAAACGGCUGCACUCGUGCAAAGUGGACGCUAUGACACCCGGGACGACUUUACCGCCGUCGUGCAGCCCUUCUUUACAGAAACACGACCGCCAAUGAAGGAGGGGUCUGAGGAGCCUGACCUGAGCUAUUUCGCUCCGGACUGCUUUCACCUGAGCCUUAAGGGACACCGCGCCGCCGCAGACGCCCUCUGGAAUAACAUGAUUGAACCAAUGGCUCAAAAAAGAAAGUAUUGGUCUCCGGGUGAGAAGAUCGAAUGUCCAUCAGCUGAGCAUCCAUACUUCUACACAUACAAGAACAGUCAACCAGGCAUAGACGCACAGCCUGGCUUACUCGGGUCCAGGAGCCAGUCAUAUUCCAGUAGCCAAUCAGAUACCAACACUGGCAGCCAAUCUAUGUCAAUCACUUCUGUUGUUAUAGCAGCAGUUGCAAUGGGCGCAGUUGUCCUGGUAGUUGUCGGAGUGGUUGCCUGGCGACGAAGGUCAAGUGUGAGGAGACAAUCGUAUACCAGUAUUUAAUAUCUGCAGAAAUACUGCCCUUUAAAACUGUGCAAUAUUUUUACCGGUAUUCUGUACGGUGUAUUUUCAAAAUGUUCCCGAUGUUGAAAUGUGAUAUUUUUUUUUUAUGAUCUUUUACACUUUUUCAUUUAAUUGCAAUACACUGGUUAAUAUACAUGAUCAUAUGUAAUUUUGUUGUGUGUGUUUUGUCGAUGUACUGGUACAUUUUAAGGUUAGUAUUGUCAAACUGCUGAAUAAAUACCUUGUUACAUAUCAAAAUAAACAAGUAGAGAGAG